AUGCCUGUUCGCCGAGAGGGGCGCGACUACCUUGCCGUCGACCCGCGCCUGUUCCGCCGGGAGGGGCGCGACUACCUCGUCGGCGACGGGCGACGGAUCGAGGCCGCCGCCGAGGAGCGCUUCCACUACGCCUGGGACCCUCACCCGGAUCCGGAGUGCUGGUGCCCAAUGGAGGUGGAUCCAGAUCUAGCGGCGGCGAGGAGGAAGAAGGUGCGCCCGGUGACGGAUCCAUGA